AUGGCCAUUACUCGUCGCCAGAAUAUCGCUCAGCACUCGCGUCGUCUCCGUUCUCGAGCUGUUUUCCUUGCACAGCCUGCAGAACGGGCUGCUCAACAACCUCAUCAGAAAUACAGACAACGUGCUGGUCGCUUAUAUUUGCCAGCACACCCAGCUCACGUGGACCACGGAGUCAAUCGAAUCCGGGCUCCGAUGAUAGAUCCGCCAAGAGGAUCCAGUCUUGACGGCAACGGCCUUCCGACUGGGUGCGCAGAACGCACAAGGACUGGGGCUGAAGAAGCUUCUCCUGAUUUGAGCAAUGGGAAAGGGGGUCCAAGUCUCCAGAACGGUUACACCUCUUCUCAUCCACUCUCGCCCCAGCCAGACUUAGCACAUGCUGGGGCAUUGGAGAUGGCCGGCGCGGAGACUGGUAGUCUCGGCGACGCCAUUCCCCACGAGACUACCUCACAGCUCACGAUCACUCCAAACAUCGAGACGGUUGUUCAGAACCUCGACUAUGUUGGUGUUCCACAAGAUGGCAAGUGGGAACACGUCGCUGCGCACGAAUCCAGAUUCUGCUUCCAUCAUGCGGAAGAGGAAUGGCUCCUUCAGACUGUUGAUAGAUGGAUGCUUCCCAGCGACUUCAACAUCAUUGGAGCAGAGACGACGCUAGAGGCCAAGCUUCAGAAGUACGAAUCACGCCGGCGGAAUGAGAAGAUACACCAUGCUCCACGAGCAGAUUGCGAUGGCGAUUUUUGGUCUCAUGUCGAUACGCCCAUACAGAGAGGCGAAUCUGACGGCAAAGUUGUCUAUCUGAUUCGCUGGAAAUUUUGUUGGACUCGUCACAGCGACAUUGAUGACAUGAGCUGGGUUCGGUCCUCUUUUCAGGAGCAAAAUGAGCGCAUUAACCGCAGGCGCAGUGCCCGGGUCGAGGAUACAGCUCCAAAGAGGAUGGCCAAGAUGAAGGAGAUGAUAGUUGUCGUCAACAUCGAAGAUUGGCUCUAA